AUGGGAUCUUGCAUGUCAAAAGGUCCUGAGACCACUGGAAGCUCAAUUCCUAAUAAAAACGCUAAUGCGAAGCGCCAGCAACAGAAGGUUGCCUUGAACGGAUCAGCCUCCAAUAUAAAGACAGCCCAGGAGUCUAGUUCUAGCACUGGAGAGAAAUCCACUGAUAUCCCAAGCAACACCAAUGGAUCUGUUACAGAUCUUAAUGGCGCCAUCACUGCAGCCAACGCUUCUACCAACACCUCCGCCAAUACUGUAGCCAAACCUGGUGUCACCAACACCACGUCGUCGUCUCUGUCUACAGACAAGAAUGUUAAAGUCCUUUUAUUAGGUUCUGGUGAAAGUGGGAAGUCCACCAUCGUAAAGCAAAUGAAAAUCAUUCACCAAAACGGCUACUCCAAAGAAGAAAUAUACGAAUACAAGCCUUUCGUCUACCGUAAUGUGUUGGAGUGUAUUAAGAAUAUCAUCAACGCAAUCAUCGACUUGGAACCUGAUUUGAUAAAAAAUGAAAAUGGAUUGGAGGCAAUCAAGUCUAAAGAAGAGGAGAUUUACAAGUCCAACAACAACAAUAACAGUAAGAAUAAAAAUAAUACUAAUAAUAACAUUAACGAAAAAUUAACCCAAAAUGACCAAACUAUUAACGAAAUUGAAAAUGACGACGAGGGCGAUGCCUUGGAUGAAAAUAACGAAGACUUGGAGGUGAAAGGACUCGACUACGAUGAAAAAUUGAAUGGUACACAUACCAAUUCUAAUAAUAACAAUAAUAAUACUAAUAAUACUAAUAAUACUAAGGCCACGAAGAUCAUAAUCCCUGUCUUGGACUAUGACGAGCUAAGUGAUAUUUUGGAUUAUGAGCUAUCCAUGGACACAGACGAGCCAUUUGAUCAAAAUAUAGCCAAGAAGAUCAUUCACGUGUACUCCAAGCCCGAAGUUCAAGACUUCAUAAAAUACCAACAGGGGAACUUCUACUUGAUCGACUCAACUAGCUACUUCUUGGGCGACUUGGAGAGAAUUAGUGAACCUGAUUACAUGCCAUCAGUCAACGAUAUUUUGAGAACUCGUAAGAAAACGUCUGGUAUUUUUGAUUUCAAGUUUCAAAUGCUGUCUGGGCUCAAUAUCCACAUGUAUGACGUUGGUGGACAGAGAUCCGAACGUAAGAAGUGGAUCCAUUGCUUUGAUAAUGUUACUUUGAUCAUUUUCUGUGUUGCAUUGUCGGAAUACGACCAAGUACUCUUGGAAGAAAACUCUCAGAACAGACUAGUUGAAUCUUUAACGUUAUUUGAUUCAGUCGUCAACUCUAGAUGGUUUUCUAGAACUUCCAUUGUGUUGUUUUUGAACAAGAUCGACGUUUUUGCUGAAAAAUUACCCUAUAGUCCCUUGGAAAAUCACUUCCCAGAUUACACUGGCGGUAAAAACAUUAACAAGGCUGCCAAAUAUAUAUUGUGGAGAUUUACACAGGUAAAUAGGUCAGGAUUGAAUAUUUACCCACAUGUCACCCAGGCAACAGACACUUCUAACAUCCAGUUAGUCUUCGCUGCAGUGAAGGAAACAAUCUUGGAAAAUUUGUUGAGAGACAGUGGACUUUUGUAA